AUGGGUCGUCCAGAGUUUAAUUCGAAUGGUCGAGGAAAUGGAUUUAAAAGUCACGGCAAUGGCAGAGGAUUUGGAGAUAGAAGAGGUCGUGGAGGAUUUGGAGAUAGAGGAGGCCGUGGUGGAUUUGGCGGUGGUAGAGGAGGCCGUGGUGGUUUUGGAGAUAGAGGAGGACGUGGUGGAUUUGGAGAUAGAGGAAACCGUGGUGGAUUCGGAGAUAGAGGAGGCCGUGGUGGUAGAGGUGGAAGAGGAGGUCGUGGUGGACCAAAAGCUGGCUUAGGAAUGAGAGGAGGAAAAAAUGUUAUUGUUGAACCACAUCGUCAUGAAGGAGUUUUCAUUGUAAAAGGAAAAGAAGAUGCUCUUGCCACUUUAAACAUGGUCCCAGGUGACUCUGUCUAUGGAGAAAAACGUGUUUCUGUUGAAACUAAUGGUGUCAGUACUGAAUAUCGUGUUUGGAAUCCAUUCAGAUCAAAGUUGGCUGCUGCUAUUAUGGGUGGUAUUGAAAAUAUUCAUAUUAAACCAGGUUCAAAAUUAUUAUACCUUGGUGCAGCUUCUGGUACCACUGUAUCUCAUUGUUCAGAUCUCGUAGGACCUGAAGGUUUAGUCUAUGCUGUUGAAUUUUCACAUCGUUCUGGACGUGACCUUUUAGGAGUUGCUAAGAAAAGACCAAAUAUUAUUCCAAUCGUUGAUGAUGCUCGUCAUCCACACAAAUACAGAAUGCUCGUUGGAAUGGUUGAUAAUGUCUUCUCAGAUGUUGCUCAAAGUGACAGUACUAGAAUUUUAUCUCUUAAUGCCCAAUAUUUCCUCAAAUCUGGAGGUCAUAUUAUUUUAUCAAUCAAAGCUAGUUGUAUUGACAGUACAGCUCAACCAGAAGCUGUCUUUGCCGAAGAAGCACAAAAACUUAAACAAGAUGGUUUUAAACUCAAAGAACAAGUCAGUUUAGAGCCAUAUGAAAGAGAUCAUGCUGAUUUAUUUUUUAAAGAUAAGUUAACUAUCAGUCUUUGUGAGCACUGCAGAAACUUACCAUUCAAAGAAAAUGUUGAUUUGAUAAAAGUCGAAGAAACUUAUCAGUGUUCUGCUUGUUUUGGCUUAUUUGAUGAUGAAAUUUUGAAAAAAAUUUGUUUGGAAACUGAUUUAAAAAUUAAAGAAGAAGGUUAUGAUGCUACUAGUUUUAUAUUUGCUCUUAAUCUUCCUGUUUCUUUUUUUCUUCGAGAACACAUUUUAGGAAAAGUUUAUUUAAAAAAAAAUUCUAAUAUUUCUUUAAAACAAGAAGCUGCUGAAUAUUUUAUGAAUCAUAUAAAUUUUAAUUUUGGUCUUAAACCAACACUUGCUUCUGAUUUUACGAUAACAAUAACAUUAGAAAAUAAAGAGUUAGAUGAAAAAGAUAGUGAAUUUUUAUUGUUUAAUUUUCCAAAAGAUUAUAUAAGUGGUAAAAGAAAGAAUUGUGAUGCUAAAGAAUUAAUAACAAGUUCUUUUACAAAGAUGAAGAUAGCACAAUUUGGAUCUAAGAUUACUGAAGAGAUGGCAAAAAAAUACAAUAUGAUAUCACCUACACAAAAAGUUAUUUAUUCUAUACUUCUUGAAAGAGAAGCUGUUUUUAUUGGUGGAAGGUACUGUAAAUUUUCUCGUUGUUUAUCACAAUCUCCGUGGUCAAUUGGUAUCGGUGUACCAGCAAUACCGGGAUGUUCUGUUUCAGAAUUAAUUGGAGAAACUUUAAAAAAUUUUACAAAAGCUGACAGCUACAAGUUAUUGGCUUCAGGUAGAGAAGACAUUGAUGUAAGAAUGCUUGGUACGGGAAGACCUUUUGCAAUUGAAUUAAAAAAUUGUAGAAAAGUUAAAGAUAUUCCUAUAUAUAAUUCUCUUGUUGGUAAAAUGAAAGAUAAUUGUAAGAUGUUAGAAGAUAAAAUAAAUUCAUCUUCUGUUGAUAUUAAAAUUAAUUCAUUAGUACGUGUUUCACAAAAAGAAGUUGAAUCAUUGUUAGAAGGACAAGAAGAGAAAGAAAAAAGUUACAGAGCAUUUUGUUAUUCCAAGGUUCCUAUUUCGGGAGAUCUUAUAAGAAGUUUGCAUGAUAAAGCACCUAUUGAAAUUAUUCAAAAGACACCAGUACGUGUUUUAAAACGUAGAAGCUUACUUGAUAGACCAAGAACAAUUAUUACAAUGUCUGCCUUACCUAUGGAUGAACAUCAUUUUCAUUUACGGUUGACUACUCAAGCAGGAACUUACAUAAAAGAGUUUGUCCAUGGAGAUUUUGGUAGGACAAGGCCAUGUUUAAGUGAAUUACUAAAAUUAGAAACAGGAUCAAUAGACAUUCUUGAAUUGGAUGUUGAAGAUGUUAAUUUACAAUGGCCUCCAGAAAAAUAG